AUUUUUUUCUUUAAUGUUUAUUUUUGAGACAGAGAGAGAGAGAGAGCAAGUGGGGGAGGCAGAGAGAGACAGAGACACAGAAUCUGAAGCAGGCUCCAGGCUCUGAGCUGUCAGCACAGAGCCUAACAAGGGGCUUGAACUCACCAACCGUGAGAUCAUGACCUGAGCCGAAGUCGGAUGCUUAACGUACUGAGCCACCCAGGUGCCCCUGACUUUUUUUCUUUAAAGGAGAUUUUAUUUCACUAGUGUGUUUAAUUUUAAUGUAAUUUUAUUUAUAUUUGGUAAUUUUGUUUAGAUUUUAAAGUACCGUGUGGGCUUUUAAACAAAGGAGCUUAAUCCUAGUUUCCUAUCUGUGUGUGUGUAAGUAGCAUAUAAUUAUUAUAAUUAGGAUUAAUUAGUUGACAGUAAGGGUAGAUGAAAUUCUGUCUGUGAGACUUUUUCCUCUUUGAAGGAGAAAGCAUUUCUGAAAUUUGAGAAGUCCUGCCGUAGACCUUCCCCGAUCUGCCUCACUUAAUUCACCUGCCCUGUGUUUUUAGCCUCACCUGUGGAUGUUGAUCUUAGUUGGGAUCAGCUAGAAAAAUCUGGCAAGCUACCUGGGCUUUUGAUUUCUCCUAAUAGAACACAGCAUUCCACAGAAGCCUUUUUGAAGACCUUUCAUACCUCCUUCCCAGACUGGGGGUGCAGAAGUUUCCGAGCCAGCAUCUUGACCCACCCAAAUGAGUAACCCAAUGCCUUGUUAGGACACUUAGAGCUGAUUUUGCGAAUUGCAUUAGCCAGCAGGCAGGUGCUAGGUAUGGUUCAAAGUGCUUUCUGUGUAUUAUCUCUGUUGGUCCUGAUAAGGGCCCUCUGACCUAGGUGGUAUGAUUGCCCCUAUUUGCAGAUGAAUAAACUGAGGCACAAGGGUUGAGAAGCCUGCCCAAGGUUACACAGCUAUCAGUAGCAGAGUCAGAAUUAUAGCCUGGAAUGGCUCCAGACCCAGUGCUCCACAGUCUUUCCGGGCAUUUAUCUGUUUUCACAGUAAUCCGAGGAGGUAGGUAAAAGGCCCUGGGGUUGCCUGGCUCCAGAGCUCCUAUGUAAUUCCCUUUCUACUCCAUCGACUGGGGCCUGAUCAGCACUGCUGGGACUGCUGGGUGUGAUCUUGUUGCUCCCUUUAGACUGGCCUCCUUUCCAGUCCAGUGAUGAGAUGAAGUGGCUUCUCUGACGCUUCUUAAAAUAGCUAAGAAACACAUAUUAUCUAAAGCUUGGGGUUUUCUCUCCGCCUUAAUUCUUCCUUUGCCUUAGGGGCGCCCUACAUUCUUUCUCCAUUCAGUGGUCCUGGGAGAUUUGCUCGUGGGCAGUGCUGGAGGGGCCCCAGAGGAGUGUAGUUAUCUCAUUGGUUGAUUGUUUUCUCCAGCUAUAAUUCCACUUCCCAGUUCUGAGGCCAGCCUUGGUUAAUGUGCUGUCUUUCCUACUUUUUUUUUUUUCCUUUCCAUGAGAGUAGAAUGACAGCAUUUCUUUUCUGUUUAUUAACCUAACCCUUUUCAGAGAAAAAGCAAGAAUAUUAUGACUAAUAAACAUUGUUUUUGCAUUACUAUGGUCAGGGGUGGCUGAUCCAGGUUUUUAGGGAGGAGCUCCCCUUAAGGAAAAGAAAACAUGAAUUAACAAUCCUAAAAUUAGAAAUAGGGCCUUGGCAGGGGCCCCUACAAUCAGGGACCCUGAAGCUUACCCUUCACUAUGUGGUAAGUCCACCCCUGGCUGUGAUUCUUUGGAAUUUUAAUAUCUUUUGUUUUCUCUAAUACUUAUUUCCAGUGUCCUGUUACUAGUAUAAUUAUUCAAUAAUUCAUAUGAACUUAGAUGUUAACUGGAUCUUUAUAAAAUAUAAUGGGUCAUCCCCAUCAAGUUCCACUUCUCUCUUUCUUCCUUCUUCCAGAUAAGCUGCCCUGGUUGUUAGGAAGGACUCUGAACCUCCUGUUGGGUCUUAUUGGUAAUGCCUGGUGACCUCCCUGAGGUUUGUGUAGGGCAGGUGCAGUCACUGUGUUACCUGGCUCCUCUACCUGGUGUCUUACAAAUGUGUGGCCUUAGUAAGGACAAGAGGUCAAUAUCACACCAUGAUCACUCUUGACUCAGUGACUCAAAGAUGUAUCAUCUCUCCCUUGCAUACAAGGCAGGUCAACAUUUCCUCCCACGUACUUAGCAACCGUGUGGGGAAUUUUAAGAGUUACAUCAAUGAUUUCACUAUUAGGGUUAAAUCAUUUGAGUAUUAAGCUGGAACUAUUAACGACAGCAUGUAUAAUAGAUAAUGCUGUUUAUCCCUGGCUCAUAGAGGAUGAUGAAUGAAUGAAUGAGCAAGUAAAAUCAAAACCAAGGAGGACAACUGGAGACAAGUAGGAAAAUGCAGUAAUGUGAGGGGAGAGGAAUCUCACAUGGUUCUUUCAGUAUCAGCAUUCAGGGAGUGGAGUCAGUUUAGGUACCUACACUUCCUCAUCCAUAAGAAGCUACUUAAUAUUUUUUUCUAAGAAGGGAGUUAAUUUAGAUGCAAAAAUAAAAAAGUUCCUAUUAUCAAGGACAAUCUUCUUUUAUUAAUAACUCCUACAUCUUUUUCUGCCUGGAUGGAUACUACUAUGUAAAAAUCUUAUUAUAUUCUGUUUUGCUACAAUAAUAGACUUCUUUAAUAACCAUUAUUUAUGGAGGCUUGUAAAUGAAGAUGGGGCAUUACAAAGGAAGAAUUCCUAUCCCGAUGAUACAGAGGCAGGAGGUCAUCUGAUACAUUCCUUUGCCUUCAAACCCACGGUGAGCAAAUAGUCAGAUUAUAGUUUAGACUGUGAUUUUUCACAGACCCCAAUACCCUUUCACAAAAAUGAAACCCUGAUGGUCUUUGCACUAUCAGGACAUAUGUUGUGUAGCUCAAGGUAUUGGUUGAUCAGAAAUUUGGAGGAUGAGUGCAUGGAUAGAUUUGUUUUUAAAAGCAUAUUCUUUAUUAAAUGAGAAAAAUUGGUUAAGAUUUAUUACUUAGCUACUGAGGAAUCCAGUGAUUUGAAAAAAAUACAGCCAUAGAAGUUUUUGUUUUACGUAAGUCGCUGUUUUGAUGUUGGCUAUUUGAUUUUUUUUUUUCAUUUUUCCCACAGGAAGAGUACAGGCUCACCCUUCUACCCUGUAAGAAAUUUUGAAAGGGUUUGCCACAUCUAUGAAAUUAGCAAUUACAGUUUUCUUGAUCUUGAGUUAUAAAUGGCUAAAUGGUAACAAUUUUCAAGGAUUUUAGACAAAAACUUGGUUAGGAUUCUUGGAACCCUGGGCAAAACCCUAUUGCGUGCAAAAUAUUUAAUGUGGAUUCGUUCUUUUUUGUCCUGGGUGAGAAUCAAGAUUAUGUUAAGUGGUUAUUAAUAAGUUGAAAGUGGGAAUUAACAAGUUCAAACAUUUUUAACUUCCACAUUUUUUGGAAGGUCUCUGGGAUUAGAAUUCCUAGAACAAGUAAAAUGAAAAUAUGACAUUCUUAAACAUACAGAAGCAUUUAAUAAAAGACACGAAGCAAAAAAUUUCUCCAAACCACCACUCCCUUCUAGGUAAAUAAAAAAUGGCAGGCCGGCACUGAAACGUACCUAGUUUUCCAUUCCUGCCUGGAGAGUUCUUUGACUCCAUCCCCUUGUGGCUGUUUGUAUUUCAAAAUGCCUUCUCGUCAGUUCUUUAGAAACUUCAAAUUGAUAGAAGAAGCAAACAAACAAACAGCCAACAAGCAGAAGAGAGUGAAUAUAAUAUCUUUAGGAAAUGUGAAUAUACUGCUAAGCAUACUAGGCCAGACACCAUUUAUCCUUCAGGAAUUGAAGGGUUUUGAUGCAAUUGACCUUUAAAUCAGACUGGGGAAAGGUCCAAAGGCAGCUUUUCCCUAUAACUCUAGCCUUGCCAAGGGGUUCCAGGAAAAGAAAUACACACUUUUUUAAAGCAUUGAUUUUUAUGCAGAUAGGUCCUCAAUUCAUAUUGGGAAUAGAUGAUCAUCUGUCUCCCUAUAGGAAAGGAAACAUCAGUGUCUAUGAAGCCUGAAAGAGAUAAUCUCUGACUAGUUCUCUAUUAUUGACGUUUUUAAAACCAACUCUAACCUUUUAGCUGAUAAGCCUUAAAGAAGUAUUAAUGUAAAAAAGCAUAUAUGUUACAAAGAAAAAUUUAAGCUGGGGGCUGGCCUCUUUUAUAAGAAUUGGUCUUGAAUUGGUUGGUCUGAUCUCCUGGCUGCAGGGGGCAGAAAGCGACUUCAAACUAGCUUGGGCAAAAAUGUUUUUUAUUGGAUGGAGAUUGAGUCUUCUAAGGGAAGAGUUAACAAUUAGCCCAAAAGGCAAUGGUUACACAUAGCUCAGCUCUUACCUCCAUUAUCAGUAGCUCUCUCAGGCAGCAAGCUGCCUUCUCUUCUUCCUCCUCCCUGUGGAGAGGAAUAUGGCAUACACAUGUUCCUGAGUUUCACUUCUUGAGGACUUCUGUACCAGAGAGGGCUGAUUGUCUUUAUCCAGUUUUGGCUUGAAAAAUACCCAGGAAGAACUCUGAUUGGUCUGGCUUGGAUCAAAUGUCCGACCCUGGUCCAAACAACAGCACCCUGUAGGAUGGACCGUGUAAGAACACCAAAUAGCACCACAUGACGGGUAUCAGUAGGAGAGCCAUCUCGUAACCAGGGGAGAACAUAGGGCAGAAGUGAUUCUAAAUGCCCACUAGAACUAUUGUUUCACCUUUUGUUUUGAUUUGCAAAGUUGUACUGGCAUGGUAUUCUAUUUUUAGAGAAGGAAAUUGUGUCAACAGGUAACUUCCCCACCAUUUGCUGAAAUACUCAUUUGGCCAUCAUUAACUUCAUUUUGCACUUCUAGGUUAAUGCAGGUACUUAGAAGUUAGUAUUGUUAAUUGUAUGGACAUCUGUGUAGUUUUGCUAGCCCAGCAAAUCUUCUUCAGGUGACAAUACCUAGAUUUUCCUUCCUUCGGAAAACCAAUACCUCCCCUAUUCUCAAACUACGUGAUUUAUAUGAAGUUGACACUAUGCAUCUGUCCAAGUGACAUGCUAAUAGCCCAGCUCUGGCCAGUUGGAAUGCCGUAUUCCCCUGGCCAGUUGUAGUCCAAGGAUGGAUUGCCCUUUUUUUUUUUUAGGUGUUUUUUUUUUUUCUUGUUGUUGUUGUUGUUGUUGUUUUCUGGAACAGUUGAAAAACAGUCUGGGAAUGCUUCUGAAGCUGGAAGAUCUGAAUGAGAAUAAAAGCAAAUGAGGGAACAAAGUAGAGUUGAGGGCUGGAAAUUCCUGAUAAGAGGGUUAAAAGUCCAGCCAUGUUCAAGCAGGAGUAUUAGAUGAGACCAUAAAAUUCUUCCCUUUCUCCCCCUUUUGAUUAUAGCCUGUUUGAUUUCGAUUUCUGUACCUUGCAACCAAUGUGGAAAAUAGGAUUAUUUUCAUGAGUACGAGAAUUCCUAGUUAGUUCUCCUACACCAGUUCCUCAUAUUCUAGAUAUCUAUUGUUACAGAACAAAUCACCACAAAAUGUAAUAGCAUAAAGUAGUUAUCAUCCUUUCAUUUCUCUCUCAUGGUUUGUGUGGGUCAGGAAUGUGGGAAGAGCUUGGCCCAGGCUGUUCUCACUUGGAGUCUCCAUGCAGUUUUGAUCAGACUGUGGCGGGAGCUGGAAUGGAGUAAGGUGGUGGGGCAGGAGCAGCUGGGGGCUGGCAGGGCAGCACUGCCUCUUCAUGAAGUCUCCAUAGCUCUGUGUGGACUACUUGAACGUCCUCACAGCAUGGCACUCAGAGUGCUCAGAUUGCUUAUGUGGUUGAGCAUUCCAGAACAUUGGAUGUAAGUUUAAUUACCUUCUGUGACCUAGCUUGAAAAGCCAGAGUGUUAUUUCCACCAUACUCUGCUCAAUUGGUCUAUAGGGCUGUCCCAGAAUAAAAGGGAGAAGAUGUAGAUGUUGUCUCUCAAUGGAGACAUGUCAAUGAACCCAUGUUUGAAAACCACCACCAUGUUAUAAGCAAUUCCCAAAUGGUGAGAAGGUACCAUAGUCAGAAUGAUAUAUUUAAGUAGUCUUAGUUUUGUAAGACUUGCAUUGAAUUUAUACUUUGGGAGCUGAAUUAACUUACUCAGAUCAUUAAGACACCACCAAACCUGGAUUAUUGAAAAUUAAGUCAAGAUUUCUCAUGAUCUUCCAGGCUUCAAAAUUUCAUUUUGCUCCCAUAUUAGGCAUUUCAUAUUACAAUAGGAACGGCAUUGAAAAAUACUUAGACUUGUAUUACUUCUCUACUUCAAAAUACUUAUAUAUUGGUUUAAUAUUGAGGUGUUGUUUGGUAAUUGGCACCUUAGUCAGUGUAGCUUCCAAAAGUGCUUAAUUAUCUUAGUGAUGAGUUUAAGGAAUUGGGGGUAUCUUGUUUUAUGGUCUCUAUAUAAAAUAGCAAUUAGGAUGUGGAUUUGUAAAACGUGAUCUGGGUUAUGGGUCUAUCUCUUUGCCUCCCUGACUAGUCUUAGAAAUCCUCUUUAUACUAAGUAUUACCAUGCAGUGAAAAUCAGAAUGCAACUCUUUUCAACUUUCUCCCAAAUGGAGGAAGUCGAAUAGAUCUCGAACUAAUUUUUUUUUCUGUUUCAGAAUGUAGCAAGUAAUCCAUUGGAAUAAAACCAGCAGUUGAGUAACUCAUGCAAAGGUGCGAGUUCUCUCCCAUUGUCCCAAGUCCUGGCUCCCAGGCCCCCUGUAUGAGUGACGCCUCAGUCUGCCAUGGAACCUGGCCCUGCCCUGGCCUGGCUCCUGCUCCUGAGCCUGCUGGCAGAUUGUCUGAAAGCCGCUCAGUCGCGAGACUUCACAGUGAAAGACAUUGUCUACCUCCACCCUUCAACCACACCAUAUCCUGGUGGAUUUAAGUGUUUCACCUGUGAAAAGGCAGCAGACAAUUAUGAGUGCAACCGAUGGGCUCCAGACAUCUACUGUCCUCGAGAGACCAGAUACUGCUACACUCAGCAUACAAUGGAAGUCACAGGAAACAGCAUCUCUGUCACCAAACGCUGCGUUCCACUGGAAGAGUGCUUGUCCACUGGCUGCAGAGAUUCUGAGCAUGAAGGCCACAAGGUCUGCACUUCCUGUUGUGAAGGAAAUAUCUGUAACUUGCCACUCCCCCGAAAUGAAACCGAUGCCACAUUUGCCACAACAUCACCCAUAAAUCAGACAAAUGGGCACCCACACUGCAUGUCAGUGAUCGUGUCCUGCUUGUGGGUGUGGUUGGGACUCACAUUAUAGCAGCUCAAAGACGCCAUGUAUAGUAGCAAUCCAUGGGGAUCUCCAUGGUCCAUAGUCAUGCAUGAGUCGUUGGCUUGACAAUAGUUACACAUGGGAAACCACAACACUCACAGAUGUCUUCACAGCCAAGCAUCGCCAUUUACCAUGAGGAACAAGCGUUGUGUCAGUGUAGUCAUUUCAAGUCCAAGACCUCAUCAAAGCCAGCCUGCCCCCAAAAUAGACCCUGAGUCGUAUACCACGAACCUUUCUUUUCACUCCAGGAAAUAGUUCUGCAUUUAUUGAUGUCUGAGUCUCUUUAUUUGGAAUACAUGCAUGAGCCACAAGAGGUCUUGGGACCCUUGAGAUGUUAGAUGAUAUGUUAUGUGGACAUGCAUAGAUGUGUGUGCUUCAGGAAAAAGGUAAAGACCACUGGUUUGGAUAUGACUUUAUUUAUAGCUUUAGAAUUUUAAAACUUUGAUUCCAAAAGGAACAGACUGUUUCCUUGGAGACUCUGACUGAGUCCCUAAAAAAGUAGUAUGCAGUUGUCCAAUUUAAUUUUCCCAACAUUUUUCUCCCAAUGGUGGGAAUCCUAUUCCCUCUGCUCUCUGUGGGAAAUAAAAGGCAAUCAUAAAUUUGUUGUAUAGGGGGAGGGCUAGCUGGAGAAAUAUUUUUCCCAACUUAAUGGAACUAUUAUCCAUAAAGUACCUUGCAUAGCCUUGCAUUAAAAUUGGUGAGAUUGACCUUGAUUUGGCACCUCAUUUUGCUCCAUGAGAUCCUGGGUUCUACCUGGGCCAAAGGGUAUCCAAAGAGUCCCAAACCAGGAUGGAGUUUUCUCCAGUCAUGGGUCUAUUCAGGCAUAGAUAAUCUAAGGAGAGAGAGGAUAUCAGAAUGAAAGGAAAGAGACAUGUGCAGGUUGGCCCGAGUUCACCGCGAGGGCCCAAUCAGUAGCUUAGUCAGAUUGUCCUUCUGCACUUCAUACUGCCAGAGAGCCCUCGGGGUUCUUCCUCUUUCAAAUCCUCAGUGACUUUAGGGAGAAGGUUCUACACUACAUUAUCUCAAGACUGAUAGGGAAGGAAGACAUAAUAUCCUAGAAUGAGAAGGAGUUAAGCCAGUUGGGUGAUGGUGAGACUAGUAAGGAGACCCAGGGGGAGUUUUUCUUUUAGGUGAUUGCUUUUGAAGUAGAUGGUAAAAUUUUUGCCAUCCUUCCUGUAUUUUUUGGCCUGAGUUACAGCUUUUUCUUCUUCCUUGUAAAUCAUUUAUACAAUAUUUAUUUUUGUAUGGGGUAACUAGAAACUAAAAUAUAUUGUAAAAUAUUCUUUAUUCUAAACAAAAUGACUGAAUUAGAAUACUUAUUUUUCAACAGUGGUAGAGCCUGUAAUAUAUGUUUGUUGAAGGUUAUCUAUAAUACUUGCACCAGUGUUGAAAAAUAUUAACUUAUGUUUGAGCAGGAGUAAUGUGUUGGCCUCAAGGGUUUCACUCAUUGUUUCGUCAGUGGUGUUGUCCCAGAAAUGUUCAGGUGGUGACGAUCACUGGUAUGAGUUUCUCUGCAGGGUUAUGGGGCAUAUUUUCAUGAAAUUUGGUGGAGCCAUUGCUGAUAAACAGGAGAGCAUUGUCAGGGUCCAUCUGCCCUGCACUGGAAAAUGUCUGUGGCUCAUAAAAUGAGGCCCCCUCAGGGAUUACCAAAUAUGAACUGAGAGCGGUAACUGAUACAAAAUAAUCUAAAUUGCAUCAAAUGGCCUUAAAUCAGAGUUUGGUAGGCUUAUCAAUACUUUGCUUAUAACUGGGGUGAGAGAAGUAGAGGGAGAGAAAGCAAGAUAUUUACUAAGCACCUCUUAUGUGGCAGGCACUAUGCUAAGCACUUUAUAUAUGUAUGUAUGUAUUAAGUCCUGUAAAACCUGCAAGCACCCUGAAAGGAAUAUUACUAGUAUUUUCACUUUACAGAUGAAGGUACUAAGGCUCUAAGAAGCUCAAUAACAUGAAGCCUUUUCCUCCCUAUUUAAGUUAUAUAGGUUGAGGUGGGAUUGAAGAGUGCAGGGACAAUGGAAUUACCACCCCUAGGAAAACUUCCAGACCUGACCAUGGGAAUUUGACCCUCUGAUCAUGUGGAGUUUGUCUAGUCCUGCCUCUGCAGGAUGCCAUUUGUGUGGGUCCCCUAGAUGGUGUUUUUUCUUUAAGGGGUGGAGGUACAGCUUCCUAGUUCAUUCCUCUUGCUAAAAGAGGUAACAGGUCAAUUGCUAGAAAUGCUUUAAGACAGUGAAAACUUGAUGUUGUACAUAUCUACAAGUACCAUUUUUUGUGCAUGGCCACUCUCCACUGAUACCUGCCAAGUACUGCAUGCAAUUUGAGUGAGAGACAGAAUCCAAAUGCUGGUUCUUAAUCAUAAAGUGACCACUCCAGAGCUUCCCUGUCUGGUGUGCAGGGACCAAGUCCACAGUGAUGUGAACUCAUCUGCCACCCGGGGGAUCACUGCAAACUCUACACAGAUUUGACUGCAUGCACCUUGAGUGCCUGUCAGAAUGGCUGACGUUUCAUUCUCUUGAAAGAAAGUGGUUGGCUCACCUUCCCCAGCCUCAAGAAGCCAAGGAAGGGCCAUUCGUGUGGAAGGCCCAGGACUGGUCAUCCAUCUGACUUUUAUACCACAUUAAACUUUCCCUCAGAUCCCACCAUUGGUGACGGCUUGAAGUGCAAACAGCCAUGAUGUGUACAUUAACCUAUGUGCCACUUAUUUAUUUUCAGACUCCCCAUAGCAUUCAUGUCAAUAGAGAUUAAUGCCUAAAUUUUGUAAAUAUUGUACAUUUUGUAAAUCAAUGAAUAAAGGUUUUAAGUGUA